AUGGGUGAUGGAAAUUGUGGUUUUCGUUGUCUUGCUGAUUUUUUCCUAGGUGAUCAAGAUAAAUAUGUGGAGGCGAGGAAGAUAAUUGCGAAUGAGGUAGGGGCCAAUAGAUGGAAGUAUCAACAUAUUCACCAUGGUGGUGUCGACGAAGCUAUGAGACGUAUCAAAUGGCCCGGAGGGCAUUGCACAUCAGAUCAUUAUAUGGAAGUGAUGGAAGACUUGUUCCCUAUUGCUCAAUUCUGGAACUGUGCGGUGAUUUUGUUAGGAGUGCAAGGCGGUUCCUUGUAUCCAUGUAUGACAAUUUUGCCUUGGGAUGCUGAGUGCAACGUGACACAACCUAGCAGAGAAAUUUUUAUUCUCCAUCUAAUAGAGUAUAACUAUUUCAUUCGAUUGGAUCUUUCACCUGGUUGUCCUAUUCCUCCUUUAGCCGACUUGUGGUUUAUGGUUCGAGAGCCAAGUGUCAUUGGUUGGGAGCAAAUAUUUCAACAUCGGAUAGCAGAAUGGCAGCGUUUGGAGACUUUGGUGUAA